AUGGAAGCAGACCACAGCAGCAUCGGGUUCCAGCCAAGCAGAGCCCGGAAAACUGACACGCAGCCAAGCAGAGGUGAACGUCACAAUAGAGGCAACCCAAAACCGCAAGUCGACGGUUUACCGAACGGUGUACCGUCUAUUUCUCUAUUGUAUUCCUAUGCAUACACUGUACGUCCCCCGGGCCUCGCCCGCUGGCAGACACAUACUUUACCAGCGAUCGCUGUGGAAAGUCUGCUAGUUCGAGGGGACAAAUUAUGUUGUUAUUGA